AUGGCUGAUGGCCACAGAUUCCCUUAUGCAGGGAAUAUUCACGCACGAAAAUUUCAGCAUCCAACGGAACGAGUGAAAAAUCAGUUCGCAAACGAUGGCAGUUUUCUUGAGAUGUUCAAGAAACGAAUGGAGGAGCAAAUGAAAACCAACUCUGCUAAGAUCUCCGCAGAUGAUGGUGUGAAUUCUAAUAUCAAGAACACAACGACGGCGUCUGGCUUAUUACCUCUUGUAGGGAAAAGGCGUAGUGACUCUCGGCGCUCCCUCAAAACAGGAAUAGUCAAGAAAUUGAGAACCGACACUUCCGAUACUGCUGACAACAGUUCGAUGAAUGCCUCCUCAAAGUACAUGGAGGAAGUGAAACGGUACAAGGCCACAAUGUGUGUAGAGGAUGAAAAAAGCCGACCACUUGUAAAAUCUUUCCUCUUCUCUCUCUUUUCUAACUGCCAUUUUGGACCAAAAAUGUCUAUUUCUGUUGCAGCCCCUUGCAAAUACAUCUGUUUGCAUAUUCAUACUAUUGAAAGAAACCUUUUUGUACUUUCAUGUUUUCUACAAUCAACAAGGAUUUCCUUAUUCUAUUGCUCCCUUACAUCUAUUCAUUAUAAGCUGGAAAAUCCUUCUUCAUCCUAA